AUACGAUCGUUGGGAUACUGUCCUCGGCAUCGAUCGACACUCCUUCCCCUGCGGUUUCUGAUUUAAUAGCGAAAAUGAAUAAUGCCAUACCAGCCCUGAAUGACUUAAUGGCAUAUUGCGAAGUUAAUAUAGCAGGUUUUAGGAAAAUUACGAAGAAGUACUAUAAGAAGACGGCUGACACCACUCGGCAGUUCCCUGGAUUUCGGAACGCCAUCAUAAAUUCAAAACUGCAACAUGCUUAUGUAACGUGCUGUAGAAUGCGGGACUCCGCGACCCGAGCGUUCCCGAGUCGCCCCGUGACAGCCGUGGACCCUGUUGGGGAUGAGAUUCUCGCUGCGUUACCUUUGCUCAGUGAGAACGCUCUUCUAGUGUAUUUAGAAUCUACUACAUCGCAAUCACGAGCGCUAGGUCGCUCACGGAGUAGUUCAGCAGGGGCGCUCA